UUUAUAUUUGAGUAAUGAGCUAACAAGAACAGUAAGCAUCGAAGUAGCCAGAUCAGAUUAUGUAAUCCAACGAAAUGCACAACUCCAUGCAACAGGAGAGUUCAAACUAAAUCUACACCUAUAAGGCUCCCUGGUUGAUUUAUGCCAUGGGAUUUUAAUCGAAACCAAGUCCUUCGUCUCGAAUUGCCAUUUGUAGUAUGAUUGAAGACAUCUAGAAUGAAGUGAGUGCUUUUCUUUAUGAAUAGGUGUUCAUCCUCCAGCUGGACAAAGAACAAGAAACAUUUUGCAAAAAAGCUAAAUUCAACCAUAGAUAUGCUCCAACCAAAGUCUUGUGGAUUCCUGAUGCCGAGGGUAAGUAUCCUGAUUUACUGGCAACUAGUGGGGAAAAUUUAAGGAUUUGGGAAUAUGAUGAUGUAAAUUCUCAAGUUAAGAUUAAGGGGGACUUAAAAAAUGUAUUUAAUUCAUGUUUUUAACCGAAUAUAGACAAGUGAUUUCAAUGCUCCUUUGACAUCUUUCGAUUGGAGCUGCAAAUAACAAAAUUAUAUUGGAACUGCCUCAAUAGAUACAACAUGUACACUAUGGGAUAUUGACAAACAGACUGUAGUUACUCAACUUAUUGCUCAUGACAAGGAAGUCUAUGACAUUUGUUUUAGUGUUGAUCAUUAAAUUUUUGCAUCUGUGGGGGCAGACGGUAGUUGUAGAUAAUUUGAUCUAAGGUUAUAUUUUAGAAAAUUAUUAGAGCCUUAGAUCACUCGACAGUACUGUUUGAGACAGAGAACAAUAAUCCUAUUGUAAGACUAGCCUGGAAUAAAAUGGAUACAAAUUAUCUGGCAAUCAUAGAGAUGGAUGUCAACUAUGUCACAUUGCUAGAUACAAGGUUUGAUUCAUAUUCUUAUUCUUAUUCAGAUAACCCCUUCUACCUUUGGCUAAAUUAAAGAAUCAUAAAGAUUAUGUGAAUGCAAUAGCAUGGGCACCAGAAUCCACAACUCAUUUAUGCAGUGUAGCCGAUGAUUAAUCAGCUUUGAUUUGGGAUUUCACAUAACUACAGAGUAAAUAGAAUGAUUAAAACUCUAUUGGUAUAACUCUUCAUAAUUUAGAUCCAUUACUUGAAUAUAAGGCAGAAAAUGAGAUUAGUAAUCUAUCAUGGUCUACAAAUAAAAUUGAUUAAGUGAGUAUUUGCUAUAAUAAAUCAUGCUAAAUAUUGAAUGUUUGA